AUUCUUCCUUCUUUCUUAGUUUCAGGCAGUACUGAAAACAGAAGCAAAAAAAAAAACCUCACAAAACAAGCUUUAAUGGAUUCCGCAAAGACUAUACAAAUCGAAGGGCGCGUGGACGAUCCACUCCGAUUCGGUAUCCAUGGCGUGAAGAGCGAUAUCAUCGAAUCUCACCCCCUUGAAUCCGCCUACCUCUCUGCUAAGGUGAGGCAAGAAGAUAUCAAGAAGAAAAUUCUGGCGAAUACCUACGGUGGUGCAUUUCCGAUGAAGAUGGAGCUGGAUCGCCAGAUUCUCUCCAAAUUUCAAAGGCCUCCGGGAGUUAUACCAUCUUCAUUUCUAGGGUUAGAAUCCUUCACUGGAACUUUGGAUGGUAUCGGUUUUGAAGAUUAUCUCAAUGAUCCCAGGGAUUCUGAAUCGUAUCGCCCGAUUGACAUGCAUCAUGGAAUGGAAGUGCGUCUUGGGCUGUCGAAAGGACCACCGUGCCCUAGUUUCAUGUGAAGCGUUUUCCGCAAUUUCUUGGAGUCGAUUUAGUCCUUUAUUUGUAUUCAGCUUUACUUUUGUUGCCAUCUCUAAGAUUGAUACCAUGAACAUAUUUGUCUAAUCAAAGGCUCAAAGCAGACCCUUUUUUUUUGCCGUG